CCUACUAGCUUUCGAUACCAUUUUUCAGCAAUCAUCAUGAUACUAUUAUACAACCAAUAAUCAUAGACAAUGAGUGUGUCUUAUUUAAAAAAAAACUCAAAAUUUCUUUUGUUUUUCGUUCCUUUCAUUAUGGUACUUCAGUACAAACGUAAUAUUUAUUAUAAUGCUGCGGUCUUGCUGAUUUAUCUAUGGGCGUUAUUAAAAACCUGGUUUCACGGUAAUUAUUAUUGUUUUCAAAGCUACAGGACAAUGUAAACUAUAAUAAAUAAUAUCUUACGGCUCCAGGUUUCUUCGCGUACUUUAGUGUAUCCAAUGUUACAGUUGCUGUCGUUUUAAGCUUGAGUAAAACUGUCAGAUCGACACAUCAAGGGACGUUGACCUACUUAAGAUGCGUCCGGUUUUCCGGCCUAAGCAGUGAUUAUGGCCACCGUGUCUGCGUCUACAGCCAGUUACUACGUCCGCCAGCAACAGUCGCAACCUUUGAAAACGCUCAACGAGACGAACGCGGCCAUUCUCCGAACUGAUAGACUACCGUCAUAUAUACCACAAUGUACAGCCAAACGGAAGAGCGCCGUAGAACUUUUACAAGAAACCAAAUCGCUCUACGUCAAAUCGGAAACCGUUUUGGACAGAAAACAAGAACUGAGGCGAAGCCUCCGGAGCAGUGGAUCUUCGGACAAAGGUUCAUCGUCGCAAGAAGCCGUCGCUGUAGGUCCUUCUGCCGGGUGUUACCAUUUCAAAGGUAACUGCUGCAGUCUGAUAUGCCUGCCGCCGCCGAAAAGUCCCAGGCUAGUGUCAGCAUGCAACAGGAAGUCUACGGCAGACUCGCAACAACUGCAAAAUGAUCUCAGGCGUCUGUUGAAUGCUGACUCCAAGGAGAACCUGUUUGAAGCUACUUCAGUGUUUUUGGACGACGUUAUCGUUCCUCCUCCAGCCCAGUACCGGAGGUCGGCGUCGCAUGGUCAACACCAUCAGUCAUGCGGCUCGUUCGAAUCCGUGGCCAUGUGCCACAAGUCUUUACCAGAUCUCACGGGCGUUGCAAACCCGACGAGUCAUCGCCGCCAUCACAUGAGGUCUGCUUCAUCCGAUUCUGUCGACGACCAAGACGAUGCAGAGGAUGACAUAUUUGAAACGUAUACGUCCAGCCUAUCACCUCAGGGAUUCGGAAACGUCAAGUCGACGAGGAUACAGCUGCUGGACGAAAUAGACGCCGCCACAAAUGUAACCUCGUUCCCGGAUUCGCUGAGCCUAACCAGUUACAAAACGGACGCCAGAUGGCAACAAUCUACACACGGUGGCGAGACAAACAGUUCCAUGGAGGGUGAGAACGUGUCGUCAGCCCAUUCGAUGGCGUCGCCGACAAUGUCUGCGCUGUCCACGCCAAAUCGACGUCCGCGGUCGGCGGGCGCUGUGCCUACAGUUCCGCUUUUGCCGCCUCCUCCUUUGCCACCGGUGGACGACGGAUGCGGAUGGAGCACCGAGAGGCAACAGCGGCAGCCGCCGUUGCCGCCGCCGCCUCAUGACGAAUACAGCAGGACGACACGGCCUAUCCUCAGAAGCAAGUCGGACGUCGGUUACAGGGCGCCGAACCUGCUGAGCCUAGUACCGGCCAACGCCCCAGGGCCGCAACAGCCAUAUGACGCGGAACAGCUGGAGAACUUUUUCGGGCACCUAGGGCUCGACCCCGAGGAAUACAAUUCCAUAAUGAAACGCGUGGAAUGUGAUGCCGGCUCGGAGACGUGCCUUUCCAACGGCAGUUCCUCCUUGGGUUCCGUGAGCGGAGGCAGCAACAACAACAACAACCCUCAUGGCUGUUUGCCAAACGACAAGACUCACGGGGGUACCGGUUCACCCCACAGCGAAUCCCCCUCCAUAGUGGAGCGAAAUGCCAGGAUCAUCAAGUGGUUGUGCAACUGUCGCAAAGUCAACCAACAGCAACCGGCAAUGGUCAGCAUCUAAAUCGGCGUGAAAUAAUUGCAUUGAUGUUGUCUAUAGCGACGCUUCACGGUAGUUUUGACCGAAGAAAAUUGGUUUAUUACAGACACUUAAUACAUUUUAAACUCGAUUCGUUCGGUUGUUGUCCAGUCAACGCCAACCCUAACCAGUCGAAUAGUGUGUGUCAAGACAAGACUCGUUUAUCUUCAUCUAAAGAGUCGGUGAUUUUACAGUUAUAUAGUCGGUAAUCAAAUCUGUUAUGAUAGUAUACUUAAAUUUAUGUUUGUAGGCUAAAAUAAAAUAUCACGGCGUUCGAAUCAAGAAAAUACUCGAUAUGAAUUCGUUUUUGCGAUAAAUACAUGUUAUAAAAAACUAGUUUUACUCAUUUUAAAAUUCUAUAUUUUACAAAUGUCUUAAUACAUACAUACUACCAUUGAUUAUAAAUAUUAUAAAGUUACCUUUAGGAAUUUGGUGUUUUAAAUUAUAAUUAGAUUGGAUACGCUGCGGAUCUUUAUGCAGUGUACUAAAUAAUAUAUUGUUAUAAUUAUUCCGGACAAGGUAAUUUUUUUAGGGUUCUCUGAUACUGGCCUUCAUAAAUGUAUUUGACAAUAUUAUUAUAAACAAUAAAAUCGAAUAGUAGGUAUUCUCGAAGAAACUAAAAAAUCAUAUUUUAUUAAAAAAAUGUACUACGAUACAUGGUUGCUUUAGUAUAUUAUUUUAUUAUAAUAUGUUUGAUUAUUGUAAUCAUUUUUUUUACUCUAUAUAACAUAUAAUGUGCUUUACCGGUGCACAAGGUAACAUGUAUCAUUAUACUUAACACUUUGUAGUACUGUUUUUUCCAAGUACUUAACAUAUAUUAUAUUAAUAUUAUUAUUAAAACCAAAAUAUUAUUCUAGUCUUACAAAUCAGAUGUAUUAUUGUUGUAG